GAGAUCGCUUCGGUCUUUCUGCUGAGAUGAACUCCACGAUGAACUCUAAGAAUCACGCUUAUCUGAUGAUUACAGUAUACUUAUUUUCUGCAGCACUGAUUGAUAGAAUUAACCCACUCAAAUCUCCCUUUUGCUACUAUCGAACUCUGUCAAGGAGGUACGUGAAUAAUUAUUCUAAGUCUUGUGGAGCACCAAGCGCGUGAACAGUCUCAUCCUGUCGAAAACCUUGGCCUCGACUUCAAUAAUCUCGGUUAUUGUGCUAGAUUUUCUAGUACAAUAUGACGCGCUUUAUGAGCACAAGCACGUGGAACGAAUCUGCUCCUCCAAGCGAAAAGGAAGCUCGAGCUACCUCUCACCGUGUUCCUCUUGUCGGGAAGCAGCGCGUCCAAUUCUUCCAUCUCUUCGGCCACUCGCAACGUCUCCACAAAUUGGACAUCUCCGCCGAUUGAUUUGCCUGACCUGGUGUAUUCCGCUUUCCUAGUAAACGUGGAAGCACUUGAGUUCAUCGGCCUAGACAGAAAUGCAGCACAGCGUAUCUUCGACAAUCUCAAGUCAGCCCAGAUUGAUGACCGAGAGGAUGAAGAAGAAGCUAAAUUGCCUUGGUUCAUUCGAGGACAUCUGCCGCAACUAAAUACCAGGUUUGAGAACCUCCCAACCGCGGAUGCGUUCACCAGCGUCGGAUUGACAGCAGACACCAUCGCC